AUCCAGAACCCAGAACCUCUCCCUCCCGGCCGCUGCGAAUUCUCCGAGCUCGCCCUCGCCAUUCCCCGCGCUCCAAUGCUACUCCAGAAACCCAUCCGCCAUUAACUCCCGCACCGCCCAGAUGCUCGCCUACCCAAGCACGUCGGCCCCGCCGUGGCCGCAGCGCCACCCGGCCGCCGCUUCCCCGCGCCGCGUCGCGGUGGCGGCCGCACCCGCGGGUGCGCCGGCCAGGGGCAAGCGGCGGCGGGCGGGCGCCGGGGAGGCGGAGGCCGACCCGGCCGCCGAGGCCGCGGAGCUGGUGCGGUUCUUCCUGCGCAAGACCGACGGCGGCAAGGACCGGCUGGUGUCCGUGCUGGACCGCCACGUCAAGGUGGUCCGCACCGAGCACUGCUUCCUCCUCUUCGAGGAGCUCGGCCGCCGCGACGGCUGGGUCCAGUGCCUCGAGAUUUUCAGGUGGAUGCAGAAGCAGCGGUGGUACGUCGCAGACAACGGCAUCUAUUCCAAGCUGAUAUCUGUGAUGGGAAGGAAGGGGCAGAUACGGAUGGCCAUGUGGCUCUUCUCUCAGAUGCGCAACAGCGGGUGCAAGCCGGACACUUCGGUGUACAAUUCCCUUAUCGGUGCGCAUCUGCAUUCGCGGGACAAGAGUAAGGCUUUGGUGAAAGCUCUCGGCUAUUUUGACAAGAUGAAGGGCAUGGAGAGAUGCCAGCCGAAUAUCGUGACGUACAACAUCCUCUUGAGGGCGUGUGCUCGGGCUAGUGACACGAAGCAGGUGGACAUCCUUUUCAAGGAUCUGGAUGAAAGCAUAGUCUCUCCAGAUAUCUACACAUACAAUGGAGUGAUCGACGGAUAUGGGAAGAAUGGCAUGAUUACAGAGAUGGAGUCUGUAUUGGUGCGGAUGAAAAGCAAGCAGUGCCGCCCAGAUGUGAUCACAUUCAACAUACUCAUAGAUUCGUAUGGGCGAAAGCAGACAUUCGACAAGAUGGAGCAGGUGUUCAAGAGUUUAUUGAGGUCCAAGGAGAGACCUACCCACCCGACGUUUAAUUCCAUGAUAACAAACUAUGGGAAAGCAAGGCUUAGAGAGAAAGCUGAGUCUGUACUUGAGAAGAUGGGAGAAUUGGGAUUCAAACCGAAUUAUGUGACGCAAGAGUGUCUCAUCAAUAUGUACGCGUAUUGUGAUUGCGUCUCAAAGGCCCAGCAGAUAUUUGAUGAGCUCGUAAGCUCACAAAGUACUGUUCCCCUAUCUUCAUUGAAUGCCAUGCUUGAUGCCUACUGCAUGAACCGCUUGCCUAUGGAAGCAGAUCGGCUGUUGGAUAGUGCGAUUGAGAAAGGUGUAGUGCCCAGUGCUUCCACAUAUAAGCUGCUUUACAAGGCCUACACCAGGGCAAACGAUAAGAUGCUUGUCCAGAAGCUGCUCCAGCGAAUGAAUAAGCAGGGUAUUGUUCCGAAUAAAAAGUUCUUCCUUGAUGCUCUGGAAGCAUUUGGUACCUCCGCCAAUAAACCCAGGAGGGUACAAACCUCAAACUCUGCAAGAGAGUCAAGUAGUGAUUCUGCAAACAAUUCGGAAAUGGCUAGUUCAAGCAAGCCAGUGUCAAGUACUUUGGAAGCAGUUGGCGCUUCCGAGAAAAAAAUCAGGAUAUUACCCAAUUCAAACUCUGCAAGCAAGCCAGAUGCAGGUUCUGAAAGCAGUUCAGAAAUAGCUACAUCAAGCAAGCCAGAGCUAAGCUUUUUGCGAGUAGCUUCUUGAUAGGGUGAUCUGUUCUGAACUGCUUCACAGUAGAAUGUGUCCAGUUGCUUGUACCAAGUGAUAUCCUAGGAAUGGCCUUCCCUCAAAAAAAAGUGAUAUCCUAGGAAAAGGCAAUCCAUGUGAUUGGUUGCUUGAAUUCGAACCAUCCUAGAUGUCAGGUUAAAAUUUUAGGAAUAUUUUUCUCAUGUACAUUCACCAAAAACAACUGAACCGCAGGGUACUGGAGCCAUCUCAUUCCAUUCAACUUCAAGAUACCCUUCUUCUGUAUGUGCUUCGGCAAGGGUUUUCUUCUAAA